CGUCACAUUUCGCUCCCCGCUUACCCCUCAACCACCAAACUAGCCGGGGACGCCGCCGUUUUCAAAACGCCGGUGCCUCGGUCCCCCUUAACCACCGCCUUACAGCACCAUGCCCGCCACCCCACAUUGAAUACCAGCGCUCCAUUUUAGCCACCCACCGUCGAUCAUCGUGCACCAUAGGAAUGGCGCGAAGCUACAGAUUCUCGCUCCCCGUCGCAGUCGUCGUAACGGCGAUCGCUUACAUAUACUUCACGACGGUCUUCAUAUUCAUAGACCAGUGGUUCGGUCUAUGGUCCUCGCCCGGGAUGCUAAACGCUGUCGUUUUCACCUCCAUGGCAUUCCUGUGCGUAUAUAACUACGCGAUCGCCAUCUUCACCGAUGCGGGUCGGGUCCCACACACAUACCUUCCCGACAUCGAGGACUCCGAUAGCCCUAUCCACGAGGUCAAGCGCAAGGGUGGAGACUUGAGAUACUGCCAAAAGUGUUCCCACUAUAAGCCCCCCCGUGCUCAUCACUGCCGUGUUUGUAACAGAUGUGUUUUGCGAAUGGACCACCAUUGCAUUUGGAUGAAUAACUGUGUGGGUCAUGCAAACUAUAAGGUCUUCUUCAUCUUUGUUGUUUAUGCUGUGAUCGCCUGCUUAUACUCCUUGGUUUUGCUUGUUGGUAGUGUAACUGUUGAUGCUCAAAAGGAUGAGCAGAAAACUGAAGACUCGCAUAGAGUUUUAUAUAUCAUAUCAGGGUUGUUGCUAGUCCCACUAAGUAUGGCACUGAGUGUUCUUUUGGGCUGGCAUAUCUACCUCAUUCUUCGAAACAAGACCACCAUUGAGUACCAUGAAGGAGUAAGGGCUAUGUGGCUUGCGGAGAAAGGAGGGGAUGUCUAUUCACAUCCAUAUGAUCUUGGUGCUUAUGAAAAUCUGAUAUCUGUAAGAGCAUUCUUUCUCCCCUUCCUCUUGUUUCCUAAUUCCUGAUGCCCUUUAUCGUUUAUGC